UCCACCACUCACCCUAUCCACACCAUGCCUGUCAGGAUCCGCUUCGCCCGCCAUGGCCACCGCAAAAACCCCAUCUUCCACCUCGUCGCCAUCAACUCCCGCCGCCCCCGCAACGGCAAGCCGCUAGAGCUCCUCGGCGUAUACGACCCCAUCCCCCGCGUCCGCGAUACUCUCCCCCCGCCCCCUGCCGCAAACGUCUUUGCCAAGGGCACAGAAGAGUUGAUCAAGAAGGAGAAGAAGGCCGAGCUGAAUGUGGAGAGGAUAAAGUGGUGGUUGGGCGUUGGGGCGGAGCCUACGAGAUCGGUGGUCAAGCUUUUGGAGAGGGGUGGUGUGUUGACAACACCGCACAAGUGGCAACAUAUGUGGUCACCCCCUCCGCCUGAGGCUGGUCAAUCAUUACCAUCGGCGACACCAUCAGCAGAGACAUCAUCAUGAGGCGUAUGCAUCGGUUAUGGACUAGUACGGUGGAUGUGGGUUGACUUAGACUGCGAAUUGAGCGCGUGGUGGGGGUGACCAAAAGUGCCAAAAGUGCUUUUGAAAAAGAAUUGGAGGGGCGGCUUUACUGACGGAUCUACCGAGUCUUGCCUGCUGUAUACUCGUCUUACCUGCCGUUCCCUCGAGGACAAAUAAUCAACUUGAUUAUCACCUCAGCAUCAAUAUGGCUUAACCCAUUUUGUCGCGCAGGAAUUGACGGCAGGGGAAUAAAGGGAACCAAACACUGAUCAUACCAUUACCGCGGG